GUACAAUAGCUUACCUUUUCUUCACAAACCGUCAUGAAGUCAGGAAGAUGACUUUGGACAAAAGUGAAUACACAAGAGUAAUUCCUCGUCUGAAAAACGUGGUUGCUCUCGACAUGAACAUGGCCACCAAAGAGAUCUUCUGGUCCGACAUAUCCCAGAAAAAAAUCUAUAGAACUUUGAUGGACUUGGCUGAGGAUGCCUCUCAUCAUCACGUAGUAAUAGAUAAUGACAUUGAUGCUCCUGAAGGAAUCGCAUUUGAUUGGAUUCAUGGUCACCUGUACUGGACUGACAGCAUCCGUAGGACUAUCUCUGYUGUAACCGCUGAUGGUAGUCGCCGCAAAACUCUCUUCCACCAAAACCUGUCGAAGCCCCGCGCUGUUGUGGUCGACCCUCACAGCAACUUCAUGUAUUGGACUGACUGGGGAAACCCAGCAAAGAUUGAGAAGGGAGGUCUUAAUGGAGUGGAUCGUACCGCUCUGGUCAUUGACAACAUUGUGUGGCCUAAUGGCAUCACAUUAGACAUACUAAGCCAGCGGCUGUACUGGGUGGACUCCAAGCUGCACACGCUCUCCAGUAUUGAUGUUCAGGGUGAUAGUCGCCAUACACUCAUCAUUGACGAGCACCAGUUGGCCCACCCACUGGGCCUAACUGUAUUCGAGGAAAGAGUGUUCUGGACCGAUGUUAGUAACAAUGCCAUCCUCAGCGCUAACAGGCUGACUGGUGAGGACGUUGCACCGGUGGCAGAGCACCUGUCAUCACCAGAGGACAUCAUUCUGUACCAUAAUCUCAAACAACCUGCUGGACGAGAUUGGUGCCAGGUGUCCAACAGCAGCUGUGAAUUCAUGUGCCUACCUGCCCCUCAAGUAGGCCGUCGUCCCCCAAAAUAUACCUGUGUCUGUCCAGAUAACAUGAUGCUAGCCAGUGAUAUGAGGACGUGUGUACCUGCUGUACCAACCACUGCUGUUCCCAUAGAGCCUGAAACCUCAUCUACUCGUCCUCCUCAUCAGUCACCGGUACCACCCAGAACCACACCAAAGACCACAUUAGGGCCACAGGUCUAUACCACUACUGCAGUGCCUUCUGUAAUCACAAGCACCACCAAAAAGCCAUUGUGGCCCACCACCAGGCCUCGUGUUAAGACCACCACACCUUUACCAAAGAAGACAUUGCCUCAGCCGGAGAAGCCUAAAGUUGUGCAGACUGUCACAAAUGCUCCAGACACCUCUCAAAGUGUUCCACCUGCAGUAGCUGCAGUCAUACCGACAACUGCCUCCACCACACCAAUAGCGCUUUACCUCGUCUUACCUCUGGCAAUUGUUUGCCUGGCUGCUGUUGGUGGUGUGCUGCUCUGGAGGAACUACAGGUUGCAGAAUACCAACACAAUUCACUUUCAUAACCCUGUUUAUCAGAAAACCACUGAAGACCAGGUGCACAUUUGGAAGAGGCAAAGCUUUGAUGGUUAUGCAUAUCCUAAAAGACAAAUUGUGAGUUUGGAUGAAGAGGCAGACAACCCAACCUUCUCUGAAAACUGAAAAAUGUUGGGCGGAGUAGGAAAAUAAGCAGCUGCCUUUGAAGUCUUUCAGCAUUUUUACCUCACACAGCACAAAGAUGUGGCAGGUGACGCUUCUGUCUGCCAACUCUGAACCACUCUAUCCUCACAAACCACUGCUCUAUGGCAGAAACAGCUUUCAGGGUUCUGAUUGUAUUUUUUUAGUACUUAAAAUAUACCAAACCACAUCAGUCUAUUUUUGUUACAUUACGUUCAAACUAUGAUGGUAAAGUUAAGGAAAAGUGCCAUAAAGCAUUUAAUGUUGCUUUGUUUUUUGGGUCAUUGUAACAGUACAUUCAGUGCAACUUCUAAGUUUUGGGUCUAUUCCUCAAAGUUGUGUGAAGCCGACUGCAGAAACACAUGUUGUAAAUAUCAGUCAUGUUCAAAGUGAUUAAUGGAGUUUUAUUGAAUCUUGCACUAUUUGUAAUUAAAUGCAGAUAAGGAAAAUAUGUUGCCAUACAGCAGAGAAGGGACUUUAGUUACUUUAACCAUCUAGACUAGGAACUUUCUGUGGUGUUUUUGUUAAUUUGCUAAAGGUAACAUUAAGUUACCCCACAGAUUUUCCUCUUUAAGUUUAUAUUACAGUAAGUUAUUUAUGUACGUACAAGUUCAACCACUGUGACCUCAGUAUGUCCCAUGUGAAUGUGUGUCAUUUUGAUCUUUGCAAAAACAAAAACAUCAUUCAAAACGAGUCAAGUCAUAGUCGACCUCAAACAAAGCAGCACGUUAUGUGUUUGUGUCUUGAUUAUACUUGGAAACUUCAUCCCAAGUAUUUCCACAUGGUCUCUCAGAGCACAGCUCUUGCAGAAGCCAUUAAAGAUCCAAGAUUUGAAA